UUCCAACCGUUCCAUUUAUCAUUAUAAAUCUAUCUGUGACUUCGGGUUUAACCAUCAUUCUCAGUUUGGAAGGCGUCCUUGUAAGCUGCCCCAAGCCGAGCUUUUCUGUGAAUUUUUAGAAGUUAUUUCCAUUUGUGUUAAUCUACACUUUUGAAAAUGCGUGAAUGUAUCUCUGUACACGUUGGUCAGGCCGGUGUUCAGAUCGGUAAUGCCUGCUGGGAACUGUACUGUUUGGAGCAUGGAAUCCAACCGGACGGUCAGAUGCCCUCGGACAAAACCAUCGGCGGAGGAGACGACUCUUUUAACACUUUCUUUAGUGAAACCGGCGCUGGAAAGCAUGUCCCACGUGCUGUUUUUGUCGAUUUGGAACCAACGGUCGUCGAUGAAGUACGCACUGGAACCUACCGUCAGCUGUUCCACCCUGAGCAGUUGAUUACUGGCAAGGAAGACGCCGCUAACAACUAUGCUCGUGGUCACUACACCAUCGGAAAAGAAAUCGUUGAUGUCGUCCUGGACCGUAUCCGCAAACUGGCCGAUCAAUGUACUGGAUUGCAAGGUUUCCUCAUUUUCCAUUCGUUUGGUGGAGGCACUGGAUCCGGCUUUACAUCUCUGCUGAUGGAGCGGCUUUCAGUUGACUAUGGCAAAAAGUCCAAGCUCGAAUUUGCUAUCUACCCAGCACCACAAGUUUCUACUGCUGUUGUUGAACCAUAUAAUUCUAUACUGACAACCCAUACUACCUUGGAACAUUCGGACUGCGCAUUUAUGGUUGACAAUGAAGCUAUCUAUGACAUCUGUCGUCGUAAUCUGGACAUCGAGCGCCCAACCUACACAAACUUAAACCGCUUGAUUGGUCAAAUCGUAUCAUCGAUCACCGCCUCGCUGCGAUUCGAUGGUGCCCUAAACGUGGAUCUUACUGAAUUCCAAACAAACUUGGUGCCGUACCCACGUAUUCAUUUCCCGCUGGUCACUUAUGCCCCAGUCAUCUCAGCUGAGAAGGCGUACCACGAACAACUGUCGGUGGCAGAAAUCACCAAUGCUUGUUUCGAGCCUGCCAACCAAAUGGUCAAAUGUGAUCCUCGUCACGGCAAGUACAUGGCUUGUUGUAUGUUGUACCGUGGCGAUGUCGUUCCGAAAGAUGUCAAUGCUGCCAUUGCCACCAUUAAGACCAAGCGUACAAUUCAGUUCGUAGAUUGGUGUCCAACUGGCUUCAAGGUCGGUAUCAACUAUCAGCCACCAACAGUUGUUCCCGGUGGUGACCUCGCCAAGGUGCAGCGUGCUGUGUGCAUGUUGUCCAACACGACUGCUAUUGCCGAAGCGUGGGCUCGUCUAGAUCACAAGUUUGAUCUGAUGUAUGCCAAGCGUGCCUUCGUCCACUGGUACGUCGGUGAGGGUAUGGAGGAAGGUGAAUUCUCUGAGGCCCGUGAAGAUUUGGCCGCCCUCGAGAAGGAUUACGAAGAAGUCGGCAUGGACUCCGGAGAGGGCGAGGGUGAAGGUGCUGAGGAAUAUUAAAGUGCAAGGUUGAUCACAAUGACGAAUAUGGCAUCAUGCGAAGCAUAAUUCAAAGAAAAAAAAAUGAAUAAAUUGUCUACUCAUAUAAUA